AGUUUAAAAGAAAGAACAAGCAGCGAAACGCCAAGAUUAACAACGAUGAGAAUCAUUUUUGAAAACUAUCUAAAAUAAUUUUUCAAUCUGUUUUUUAAUAAUUUAUUGAAAAUAGUUUAAAAUUUAACAGGCAUUAUACUAUUCACUAAUUUCGGUUUCGCUAUAAAAGAAAAAUGUAUCGAAUCGGCUUAAAAUCUUCAAAUAAUUUUAUUUAUCAAAUCUACAAAAUUGAAAAAUUUGACAAUUCAAAGUUGUAUUCUACAGUAAAGUGUAAAACGUUGCAGAAUUAUGCUAAUAAUGGAAAUAGAUUAUCGAAUCGUUUAAUUGUAAGAUAUUCAUCACAGAACACACAAAGCCAUAAAAGCGGGAAGAGCCGAAUCGGUGUCUUGGCUAUUAGUUCAGUCACGUUAGGAACGUUUGCAAUAUUAGCGUACGCAAAAAGUAACACGGAUUUUAGAAAUUUUCUUGAAAAAUGGAUUCCUGGAACGGAUAAAACAAUCAAAUUGAUAUUUUUUGAAGAAAAUUCUUUUAUUGCUAAUAUUCAAGAUUUCUUCAAUAGUUUAAAACAGAGCCUGACUUUCGGAAUUUUUAAUACCGCAAAUGAAACUGAAAAUACUAAAGUGAACGAUGAAAAGAAAGCAUCAAAGGCAAUAAUUGAGGCGCCAAUCGAAUCUAAGCAAAGAACCGAGACUUUGGUCAAGACUGAUAGUAAACCGAAAAAAACUAAAACAGACGGAUUAGAAGUUGGCAAUGACAAUUCUCGUUCAUCUUCGAAAACUACCAAUGAAUUGAAAACUACGAGCCUAGAAGACUUCAAAAAGUCUUGUAGUCAAUUAGCUGCAAAAGCAAUAAGUGAUUACGAAAAUGCUAUUCAAGUAAUACAUAACUACAACAAAAAUGUCGUAGAAAUUAUUGACGCAAAUGUAUCUACUGUUCGCUCAUCGUCGAUAUGGGAAAGAUUAAGAGAGGAGACCGAAAAAAAGAGAAAAAUUACCCAACAAGUUGAUAAAAGCGCAGCCGAUGUUAUACAAGAAAUAAAAAGUUUCUUAAGUCUUGUGAAUUCGAAAUUUGAUGUACCAGAGGGGCUGAAGUCAGAUGCUCGCAAAUUCGCGGACAAUAUUUUGAGUGAAAUUGACAAAACUAAAAAGAAAUUCGAAAAAGAACAAAGUACCGUAAAGAUUGCUGACAAAUACUGGGAUAAGAUAAAAACUGCCAGGGAAAAUUUUCAUGAGGAACUUCAAAUAUUAUUCCCCGAUAUAAAUAUUAACGAUCGACUUUUUCCUGAUAAUGACAACGCAUUUGAUCUCUUUGUACUUUACAUGUAUAAUAAAGUUAACCAUCUAGAAUCAGAAUUGAGCAAACUUGAGACGAUUGGAAAUGAAAAAUUAAAAGCUGCAUUACGAUCGACAGGAGAGGGAGCAAGUGAAAGUAAAAUCAAUGAAGUUGUCAGUCGAGAAAUAGAAAAAGAAAAACGAAUUCUUCAAGAAGAGUUUGCUAAAAAGCUUUUAGAGGAAAGAAAAGUUUUUAUGGAAGAACUUCGGAAGCAACUGAAGCUUCAAGCGCAGGUCAAUGCGGACCAAAUGAAAGAAACUCUUGAAUUGAAAGAAAAAGAAACUGAGAGAUUAGUAAAUCAUACUCUCGAAGAACAAUUAGAGAAUGAAUCGAGCAAUUAUAAGGCUCAACUUGGAGUUAUUGUCGGUCGAUUGCGUGGUUUAGAUGAAGCUCUCAAGUUGCGCUUGUCAGAAGAAAAAGGAGCAUGUGAAGUACAGGUACUUUGGGCUGCUUGUCAAUCAUUAGCAAGAGCAGUAAAAGCGACCGACAGUAUUUUGGUCGAACAACCAUUAAGACCACUAGAGUUAGAAAUAAAAGCAGUUUUAAAAGUUGCUCCAAAAGAAGAUACUCUUGUUCAAGCAACUCUUGCUGCAAUACCCGAGGAAGCUGUAAAAAGAGGAGUUUUUUCAGAGAAUGCUUUAAGGGAGCGAUUUUUGAAGGUUGAGCAUAUGGCGAGACGUCUCGCCCUUGUUCCUGAAGAAGGCGCAUCUUUACCCAUUUACUUGUUGAGUUAUCUUCAAAACUUUUUACUCGUUAAGGCUGAAACUCCAAUAACAAAAAAAGAGUUAUCUGAUGAACCAAUUGAUGUCAAUAAACUCGAUACUUACGACAUUUUGAAUCGUGCGAGAUAUUGGCUUGAUCGAGGAAAUUUUAAAAUGAGCCUUAAAUAUAUGAAUCUUUUGAGCGGAGCACCAAGAAGCGUAGCUAAGGAUUGGAUGAACGAAACAAGAAUUCUGUUGGAAACACAGCAGGCAGUAGACACUUUGAUUGCCUACACCGGAGCUAUAGGACUUUUAUUCCUGGGUAGUGAUAAUCAAAAGAAGGUUGAACAUUAGUAAGUGAACAGAAUACCCACCAGUUUUGUGCUUCACUGUAUUGCCAACGAUCAGCGCAGGCAUCAAUUCGCUUUGAAUUUUCCAUACAUUAAAAAAAAUAGACAUUUGUAUAAUUUAAAAAAAUAGUAAUGUAUAUUUGAAUAUAAUGUUGAAAACAUA